AUGGCAAGAGAACAAUUGCAAGUGCUUAAUGCACUUGAUGUAGCCAAGACACAACUCUACCAUUUUACUGCUAUUGUUAUAGCAGGAAUGGGGUUCUUCACAGACGCAUAUGAUCUGUUCGCCAUUUCUUUGGUGACAAAAUUAUUGGGACGCAUAUACUACACGCACGAUGGGGCACCAAAGCCUGGAACUUUACCUCCUGGUGUUUCGUCUUCUGUCAUCGGUGUUGCUUUGGUUGGCACGCUAUUGGGGCAGCUAUUCUUUGGGUGGCUAGGCGAUAAGAUGGGACGGAAAAAAGUUUAUGGUCUUACUUUAGUUCUCAUGGUUGUAUGCUCACUUGCCUCGGGAUUUUCAUUUGGGUCGACACCUAAGGGUGUUAUGGCUACCCUCUGUUUCUUCAGGUUCUGGCUGGGCUUUGGGAUUGGUGGUGAUUACCCUCUCUCCGCCACAAUCAUGUCUGAAUACGCCAAUAAAAAGACACGUGGUGCCUUCAUAGCUGCAGUUUUCGCGAUGCAAGGAUUCGGGAUUCUGACUAGUGGAAUUGUGUCUCUUAUUGUCUCUGCAUCAUUUGAUCAUGCAUAUAACGCUCCCACGUACAAGGAGAAUGCGGCACUCUCGACGGUGCCACAAGCCGACUAUAUUUGGCGCAUUAUUUUAAUGUUUGGAGCCAUCCCAGCUGCACUCACUUUCUACUGGCGUAUGAAGAUGCCUGAAACAGCCCGUUACACGGCCCUUGUAGCCAAAAAUGCAAAACAGGCAGCGCAAGACAUGGCCCACGUGUUAAAUGUUGAAAUUGAAGCCGAAGAGGAGAAAUUAGAAAAAAUAGCUGAGAGGCCAGCAAACUCAUUUGGCUUAUUUUCAAGGGAAUUCCUUCGCCGUCAUGGCCUUCACCUGUUAGGCACCACCACAACAUGGUUCCUGCUGGACAUAGCUUUCUACAGCAACAAUCUUUUCCAAAAGGACAUAUUUUCCGCAAUAGGAUGGAUUCCCCAUGCCGAAGAAAUGAAUGCUGUGCAUGAAGUUUAUCGUAUUGCCAGAGCACAGACACUAAUCGCGCUUUGCAGUACUGUCCCAGGAUACUGGUUUACGGUAGCAUUCAUUGAUAUAAUUGGAAGAUUUGCCAUCCAACUUAUGGGAUUCUUCUUCAUGACCGUCUUCAUGUUUGCACUAGCUAUUCCUUAUAAUCACUGGAAAGAGAACAGAAUUGGCUUUGUAGUUAUAUAUUCACUGACAUUUUUCUUCUCCAACUUCGGCCCAAAUGCAACAACGUUUGUUGUCCCAGCAGAAAUCUUCCCUGCCCGACUAAGAUCAACCUGCCACGGCAUAUCUGCUGCAGCUGGAAAGGCUGGUGCUAUUGUAGGAGCAUUUGGUUUCUUGUAUGCAUCACAGCCUAAAGAUCCGAGCAAGAGAGAUGCUGGCUAUCCAGCAGGCAUUGGUGUGAAAUAUUCGCUCAUUGUACUCGGCUGCGUCAAUGCAUUGGGAAUGUUGUUCACUUUCUUAGUGCCAGAAGCGAAUGGAAAAUCACUGGAGGAGGCAUCAGGUGAAAAUGAAUUGGAUGCUGAUGAUAUAACAGAGCAGACUGCUCCUUCCCACAGGACUGUUCCAGUUUAG